CAUUUCCCAAACGAUUUGUUUAAGCGAAGACGGAAGUACACAGACGGGAAUCCUCUUGCACCUCAGACAGCUACUCCACAGCAGCCCUGCCGAGUUAGGUCUGUUUAGCUAACUUCAUUUAUGGGUCUCUUUUAGGUUUGCCCAGAUGUCAGAUAAAACCGUGAAACGCCCAGGAGUUGGUGUCGGGGUGCUUGUGACAGAUUCAGCCCACCCAGGCUGUGUGCUCCUGGGGAAACGGAAAAGCGUAAUGGGCAAAGGAACAUACCAGCUCCCCGGAGGCCACUUGGAGUUUGGAGAGACGUGGGAGGAGUGCGCUCACAGAGAGGUGUUAGAGGAAGCAGGGGUGCAUUUGGUGAACAUCCGCUUUGCAUCAGUGGUGAACUCCAUCCGCCUGGAGGAUCAGUACCACUACGUCACUAUAAUCAUGCAAGGAGUACUGGACAGGAAGAAGUCAGGAGAGCCAGAGAACAUGGAGCCGGAGAAGAACGAGGGUUGGACAUGGACACAGUGGGACCAGUUUCCUCCAGAGGAUCAGCUCUUCUUGCCGCUAGCCGGUCUGAGACAACAGGGCUUUCACCCAUUCAGGACCACAGUAACAAACACUGAGCCAUGAAACUGCUGUUAACACUGGGAAACUUUUAACCUACAUCAAAAGAUAAAACACACUUACCUCUUUAUGUUUUCUGUUACGGUACAUACUGUAAUUUCUGCCAGUAUCAUGAACUUUUGUUACAAAUGUAGAUUUAUGUGUUUUCUAUUUUAGGAAUUCAUGACAUACAGAUUGUCAGCUGUACAUUAAUUUAGAUUUAAAGCAAAGAAUGCAUUAGCUGUGUUCAAUUAAUGGGCUUCACAAGUGUUUUAAAACACACACAUUAAAACAACAAACAUUGAA